AUGAUUCCUAGACGCGGUCAGAAUAUUUUAAGUGAAGGCUGCUUAGACGAUGCCUUACGUGUGCACCAAGCUGUACUGAACAUAAGUGGCUACAAAGAAUUGUGUUUUAAGCGAAUCCCUUCUAAAAAAGGGAUAAGCAUCACUAAACAAGAAUGUGUUAUCAGUGGUCCUUUCGAACUAACUGGUGGUCGCUUCGAAAAUCUAAGCCACGUUUCGUCAAUUCUGUACCGCGAGCUGAAAGACCCUACCAUAGUCCUAUCCACCGGACAAACAUUUAAUUCUUCGUCCAGUCAAAUUUUCAGUAAUCUAAAGUUUCAAUCCAAGACAGCUCCAUUUACUGCUAUGGCAGAGGCUCUAAGAAUCAUUUACUUUAUUAGGAAGACAACCAACGUUGCUGAAGACCAGGAGGUCUCAAUUUUUGAAACAAGGUUUGGUAGUGUCCUCUCGUCCUUAGAAAGUAGCCUGAAAUGUGUAUCGACUACCUUCAAAACCGCUAAUACGAGAGAAGAAGCCUUGAAAAGCAUUCUCAAACCAGAACUCCUACCAUUGCUCGUGUCGGCUUUGAUAGUGGUAACUCUUGUCUUCAUUGUCACAUACCUUUCUUCUGUCACUCUGAGCUGGCUGGCAACAAUAAUCCUGGUGAUUUCGUCAGUUUUCUUGCCAUUAAUUAGCGCAGCAGGCGUCAUUUCUAUGACAUGCACCACACUAUUCCCCUCUUCAUUAUUUAUUCCCUUUCUACUUUUUGGCAAAGCAACUUCAGACGUAGUUCUCAUCUUAAGGGAGUGGGAACGACAUCGCCUACCAUCACUUGAACAUCGUGUCAGUAGCUGUGUGACAAGGACAGGUUUUCUCUCUGCAUCCUGGGCAUUAUGUGGAGCUAUUAUUCUAGGAGUGUCAGUCAAGUCUUCCUUUAACGUUAUUUCCAAUUUCUUCUCCAUGACUGUUAUAGCGUUUAUAGUUCUCUCAGCUGCUUCAUUCAUAGGAACAAUAACUUUAUUAAUGUGCUUUGAGAGGAGGAUGAAAGAGCUAAAAACGUCCCGUUUGUGGUGUCGUAAUACGAAGUCUGCGUUACCCAAUCUUGGAGAAUUGCGAAAGAGAUCAGCACAAAGGCUGCAAAAUAUUUCGAAAGUUCUGGCAAAAAAAUUGACUUCAGUUGCUGGUAAAGCUCUAUCGCUUGUCGUACUGGUCGGAAUUAUAAUAAUGUGUGUGGUAUCUGCCUUACAGCCUCUCGAAAGAACGAAAAGUACAGAUUCACUUCACCAAAAUGACAAUUUUGAGAAAUUUAGAGAAGAACAAAGAAAGUUUUUUGGCAAAGAAACUGACACAACCAUCGUUUUUCCAGAUACAGUGGACUAUUCCAAGAAUAGCGUACAAAAGGAAGUUAUUAGUACUUGCAAAAUGCUAGGAGAGGCUGCAUACAGUGAAGGAAGACCUCGAUGCUGGAUGACAGCCUUACGCCAUUAUGCGAAGACUAAAGAUAGAAACUGCUCGGAUUUCGAUUUCCACAACUGUUUGGAAGCCUUCCUUAAUGAGCCCCAUAACAUGUAUUUUCGUCACGAUUUGGUUUUAAAAAAUCAAAUGCUCAGCCCUCGCAUUUUGGCAUCUCGUUUUCAUCUACGAAUUGGGUUGCAUGACCGAUAUCGUGAAGAUAGAACAGUCCUCGAGAAACUGAGAAAAGAUUUGGCGACAGUGCACUCCCUAAAUCCCAUUGUAUUUUCAAAUUCCUUUUUGGAACUGGAUGAUAUUUUUUGGCUAGAGAAAGACACAGUCCUUGUGCUCGGCAUUUCUAUCGCCUUAACAUUCAUCAUCUCUAUGCUUUCAAGUGCAAGCUUCAGAAUCGGCGCCUACCUGGCCAUAACAUUCUGCGCUCUCGUGCUAGAAACUGCAGCCAUCAUGGCUCUUUGGAAGAUUUUUCUGAACCAAAUUUCAUUCAUCGUGCUCAUGGUUACAGUUGUUCUUUCUUUAAACUUCAAUUUUCAAGUAGCCCAUGCAUUUGUAUUCUCAGCAGAACAAACUGUGCGAGAUCGCAUGAUUGAAGCACUAAACUCCGUUUGCUAUUCUGUGUUAGUUGCGGGCCUCAUUCCGUUGUCUGGUUCUAUGUCAUUAGGGUUUAUUUAUCCCUUUUUAUCGGAGAUUUUUCAUCGAGUCGUUCCGGUGAUCUUGCUUUUAGGACUGAUGCACGCCUUCGUUAUUUCACCACCAAUCAUAGUUCUAUUUCUCCAUUUCCUGGACAACGUGAUUUAUCAGAAUAACUAUAAUGUCCUACCUGAACAAAGUGACAAAUUAGGUGGCAUAUCCUUGCAUUCACUAGGUGAUCAUGCAAAACAACAAAACUCUAAACGCCCCGGCAUUUCCAUCGUUGGCAUCGGUUGCAGAUUUCCUGGGGCAAGCGAUAAGGAUCGAUUUUGGACUUUGUUAGAGCAGGGAAAGAGUUCGAUCGAUGUAUUCCCUCAAAACAGAGCGGAAGCGGAAGCAUUCUUUAGACUCUAUCACCCCAAACGCUUUGUAAGUGGACGCCUUUGUGCCUUGAGUGGUUCCUACCUGAAGGAAAUACAAAACUUUGAUAACAAAUUCUUUGGUAUUUCAAAUCAAGAGGCUCGUGGAAUGGACCCUCAGCAAAGAAUACUUCUUCAAGUUGUGUACGAGGCCAUUGAAGAUGCUGGAUUGCUCCUGGAAGACCUUCAGCGGUGUAAAACUGGAGUUUUCGUUGGUGUGAUGAAUCUUGAAUAUGGGGCUCUUAUAACAGAUCCCUCAAACUAUAGUAAUAUUGACCAGUUUUCGUCGACGGGUUUGACGGCAUCCAUUAUUGCCAAUAGAGUAUCCUUCUGCCUAAACCUAACAGGACCAAGUAUUGCUGUUGACACUGCGUGCUCCUCAUCAUUAACUGCACUUAAACUAGCCUGCGAUAACCUCUAUAGUGGAGACUGUGAUAUAGCUGUCGUUUGUGCACCGAAUAUUGUUCUCAACCAUGCUAUGCAGAUGGUAUCGAGUAUCGCCGGCCUCUUAGCGCCUGACGGGCGUUGCAAAAGUUUUGAUGCUUCUGGUGAUGGUUAUGGACGGGGGGAAGGUUUUGCAGCAGUUAUUUUGAAACUUUCGAGUGCAGCCUCCAGCGAUAAAGAUGAUCAAUAUUGCCAAAUCAUUGCUUGUGGUAUGAACAAUGACGGGCAAAAUGCUGUGCCGAUGACUGCUCCGAGUGCAAAGAUGCAAGCCCAGUUAUCCAGAAUGGUAUUAGAACAGUCAGGACUGGCUCCAGAGGAUGUGGAUUACUUCGAAGCUCAUGGUACUGGCACUGCAAUUGGAGAUGUAGUUGAGGUCACCUCCAUAGCUGAUACUUACACUAAAGGAAAUGGAAACCUAAAACGAAAGCUACGAGUAGGCUCGGUAAAAUCAAACCUAAAUCAUACUGAAUCAACUUCUGGUCUUGCUGGGCUGAUAAAAGUCGCUCUAAUGAUAAAGAACAAGAGGCUAGUUCCAACUGUUAAUGUGCAUGUACUGAAUCCCAAGCUUAAAUUAGAAGACAAGGGCCUUGUUGUUCAACAAACCAGUGAGCCCUGGAGCACACAAAAUGGAAAACCACGAACAGGGGCGGUAAACUCAUUUGGUUACGGUGGAUCAAACGUACACGUUAUCCUUCGAGAAGUCACCCCACACAAGAGCCUGCAAGAAGAAAGUAUCAAACGUUUAAACCACGUUCUCACUUUCUCCGCACGGUCGAAGGAAGCUCUUCAGAAAAUGGCGCACUACUAUUCUGAAUGGCUCAGAGAUCAUAUUGAUGGCCGAGAUGGAAAUUUGGUCGCAGACAUGUGCUACUCUUUAAAUGAACGUCGUAGUCAAUAUCCCCACCGCCUUGCAGUUGCCUUUAGUUCGACUGGUGAAGCCUCCAAGUACUUAGCGGACUAUGCUGAAGACUCCCCAGGAUGGAAUAAGUCGGUAGUAUAUGGUGAGGUAGACUCCAGUGAUUCCAAAAUAGUUUUCAUGUUCGGUGGACAGGGUUCUCAAUGGUAUGCAAUGGGAAGACAAUUAAUGGAAACAGAGAGAGUCUUCAGAGAGGCUAUUCUGACCGUAAGCAAUGAAGUUAAAGCCUUAGGGGUAACUUGGUCACUCAUAGACGAGCUUCUAGCUCCAGAAGGAAAAUCAAGAAUCUCAGAAAGCUGCAUCGCCCAGCCAGCAACAUUUGCUGUGCAGUAUGCGACAGCGCGUUUACUGAUGUCUUGGAGAAUAUUUCCUUCUGCUGUCGUUGGCCACAGUCUGGGAGAGUUUGCAGCAGCCUGCAUUGCCGGGACAAUAACAGUCAAAGAGGCGGUAGAACUGGUAAUUAUUCGUUCCACCUUACAAGAAAGCUGUCCUGGUAAUGGUGGUAUGGCUGCUCUAGGAAUGUCUGAGGAGAACGCCAGUUCGUUACUGACAGAACUAAGGUUGAGCACUACACUUAACAUCGCCGCAGUCAAUGAUGCGAAAAGCGUUACUGUGUCUGGUGAUUCUCAAUCAAUUGAAGCCCUUGGUGAGCACUUGAAAACCCAUUCUCCAGGUACAUUUUGGCGUGUUCUUGGGACAAAACGAGCAUUUCAUAGCUCACAUAUGGAAGUUAUAAAGAAACCUUUCCAGGCAGCCAUGAAAAGUAUCAAGCUUAAGCCUCAACUAUCUAAGAUUCCGAUGUACUCAACUGUAAAAGGUGAUCUUCUUUCCGGUAAAAAGUUCGACAGAGAUUAUUGGUGGCAAAAUAUACGCUGCCCCGUCCAGUUUUAUCCAGCAACUAAGAACCUUUUGAGAGAUGAUUACAGGCAGAUAAUUGAGAUCAGUACACAGCCUAUUCUUGCACACUACGUCAAACAGAUUGCUCUUCAGGAAAAUCUUAAAGACGAAGAAAUGCCAAUUGUCGUGGCAACACUUCCUCGGAAAAGAGUACCUGUCUCAGAUCAACAUAAGAGUUUUAUGCAAACAAUUGUAUGUACGUUGUACACACUAGGAUUCCCUAUAGACUGGAAAUGCGUUCAAGGAACUCUAUCAUCUAAGUUUGUUCGAUCGAUUAGCUACCCAUGGCAGGAGAAGAGCUUUUGGUAUAGGGAGCGUUCACCCCAAGAGAUUAUCCCUCCUAUAAGUUGUGAAAGGACCUCAAAAAGGCCGGCACAUCCUUACCUAGGACAGGUGAAAAUGACCGACCCCUAUUCAGGCCUAUAUUGCUGGGAAACUGAGAUCGACCUUCAUCGUUUUCCAAUUCUUAAGGACCAUGCCCUGAUUCAGGGAGGUACCGUGAUGCCUGGAGCUGCUUACCUAGAGAUGGCCUUUGCCAUGCUGAAAGACAAGUUUGUAGAUGUUACUGGUUUAGAACUACGUGAUGUGAAGCUCUCUAGUCUCCUCACCUUGCCAGAUACACAGGUAUUUGAACAUAAUCAGUGCAGGGUUGAAUAACCAAUUAUACUUCGACGUACGUAUUAUUACACGCGGCUUGAGUGAGACGAGAGGACGAAAUAUAAUCCUGCUUAAUGAAAAGGACACAGAAGCCUAGGGAAUUACAAUUAGUCAAAACUGAGAUUCUUAUGACAACGUCGUAAAUUGUGAUAGCUUUCAUAGUUAAUCGUCAACCCGUUUGAAAAAAAAUAUAUAGUUUUUCUUCUAGUGAACAGCUAUAAGCAAGAGGUCUCCAUUCGAUACUAAAUUAUCAAUCAAAGAAAUGUUUCUCCUCAUAAAUUGCUAUGUGUGCUCACUACAAGUUUAGUAUCACUUCAAUAUUAAUUUUAUGUGGUAGGUUCGCUUGCUGAGGUUGCGUCUUAUGAAGAGCGACAGAGUUAACGAAGCCACGUUCCAUAUCACAAGUGUUCAAGAUGAUCAGUCUGAAAUUAAACUAAGUAGUGGAAAUACAUCAAUCGAUCUUAUACACAGACAAGAGACGUGCGGUUGUGAAGGUAUUUUUAUUCUCUCUUCUCUAUUUUAAAGUAGGGGGAUUUAUUAAGGUUGGGGGAAGUCUUUUUUUUAUUAUUCUUAUUGAGAGAAAACCCUGACUGAUCAAAGGAUCAAAUCUACGAAACAAAUAAUGAUAAAUCCAGAUUAUAAGAUGUACUGUUAGUAAUGUUAUGGGAUAGAUUUGAUUUUAGGGAGCCAUGGUCAAGUUACGCAUUUGUCUCAUUUAUUUUUGUUCAAGGAUCAGAGGUAGAGUCUUAAAAGAAGCGUUCAUGGAAGUGUCAAGCGAUCUAUUAUUUCCUAUAAUAAAUUGGUAUAAACUGAUCCCAAACACAUAGUAAUUCAUGGACAUAAAGUUUUAAUAAAGGCUUUCUGUUGUUCUUCUCCGGCAAACAGCUCCCGAUGGAAUUUCCCCAGCAGUAAGAACUCUGAUGGAUCACAAGGAGAAAAUGCCGAUGGUUCGAUUCAAACAGGUAACAGAGAAUUUUGGAUUUAAGUAUGGGCCCAACUUUUCUCUCAUCAAACAGAUCUGGCAUGGCAACAACGAAGGACUUUGUUUGCUAGACAUUAGUGAAUCACCGGAUAUUCAAUCAGACAGAGGAAGCUUUGUGAUCCACCCUUCAAUUUUAGAUGCGUGUCUUCAGUCCUGCUUUGUUCCCCUUGGAAGUUCUUCAGUGGAAGACAAGUCAAUUGUGCCGGUGGGCUUCAAGAGCAUCACACUGAACCGAGUCCCCACUACCAGCCAAAUGUAUUGUCACGUUACCGCGGAUGUAAAUGAGUUCGGGAGAUUUGAUGUCAGGCUUCUGAGUCCGUCUGGAAAAGUUUUGCUUUCCAUGUUUGAGUUUCGCAUAGCAGAGUUAACAAGUUCACCACGUCAACUUGCAUUUGCCGAUCUUGCCUAUGAAGUACAGUGGAAGGAAGAAAACCUAGAAAGGCAGCAAGAAAAUGCCCAAAACAUGAUUUGCAUCGUCCUAAAGGACUCCUCCAACUUUUCAGAUUCCUUAGUAACACAACUUGAGAAAGAAAAAAUCAAUGUUAUCACAAUUGACCCACCAAGUGACAGAUUCUACAACAACGAAACACGAGAAUCAAUACAGGCUGCGUUCUCGAACAUUGUACCCCGCAAUUCGUCCAGCCUAAAGGUCGUCAAUAUGUGGCCUAUUGAAACGACUUUUCUGCCAGAUAGCUUCGAAGUCAUUAAUCAAGCUGAACAACUCGCCUUCAGUAGCUGUGUUUUCUUACUUCAGCUCCUUCUUGAAAAAGGGGGUUCGGAUCCACGCUUAUUCUUCGUUACUGAGUCUACUCAGACUUUGGAUUCCUGUAACAAGUCUACUGAGGCAACGUCAAUUCCCUGGGGUUCCACAGUUUGGGGUCUUCGAAGGACCGCCAAUCUCGAGGAAUUUAAUGUAAGGGUCACAGCCGUUGACCUUUGCUCCAAGAAAAACAUGUCUGAUGUGGAUUUGUUGGUAAGUGAAAUUGUGUGCGACAGCAAAGAAGACGAGGUGGCUUUCAGAGAUGGCAAACGGUUUAUAAAUCGCCUUAUCAGAGCAAACGUGCAUGACAAGAAAACUGUAAAUGACAGCAAAAGUGAACAGAGGAAUUCGUUUUGCAUAUCAACUAUGCCUUUGUCUGGAAAAAUCUGCCUUCGUGACCAGAGUGUCUCAAAGCCUUCGCAGUCCGAACUCACUUUGGAGGUGCUGCAUUGCUGGAUACCAUCUGAAAACCUGAGUGACAUAACCAAACCAAAAGAUUGCGUAUUCGUGGUUGGGAAAGUAACACAUCUACCAGAGGAGAACAAACACAGUUUCAAAGUUGGGGAUGAAGUGUGUGGAGUCAUUCCGUCUGGACGAGUUUCCCGAUCUAUUUGCAUCCAAGCCAACAACGUAUUUCUAAAACCAAUCAUGAUGACGACAGAACAAGCUACAUUCCUUCCUCCUUGCCUAGCCAUAGCCUUAAAAGCCCUCCAGGCAGUAGGGCCGGGUAAAGAAAAUCAGAAAGUUCUGAUUCAAGAAGCCGACCGUAUCAUGGGGCUCGCAGCUGUUGUUCUUGCAAAAGCAUUGGGUUUUAAAGUAUUCUGCACCGUUUCCGACACUUGCGAAGUGUCUACAAGGACCAUUCUUCUGGAGCUGGGGGUGGAUUUUGUGAUGGCCCAGAGCUCUCAGAGUCUUAAUGAUGAUUCUACUGAACCGUUUGACGAAGUGGUUUUCCUCUACCCACCUCCUCCAAAUACUCUUCAAAAAAGCAUUCGGUCUAUUAAGAGCGGAGGAAAAGUUACUAUUCUUAGUAGUAGUUUUCAUGGAGACAUAGUUUUUCAUGGAAACGUUAACGUUAAAUAUGAGAGAGACGACAUCGCAGAUGUUUUUCUGACUCCUUUAGUAUACGAGAGACUCAGCUCAGAAAGUAUGAAGAUACUGAAUAGCAAAGGAACCAUUGAAAAACUUCAGGAGAUGGAAAUUACUUCUUUGGACUUGAGCGCUUCCAUCAAAGUUUCAAAUGCAUCAAUUCCCCAACAGAAUUGUCGACCACAAAUAAAGUCAGUUGCAGCAAUGCCAAUAGUUAUUUAUUCAUUUGGUUUAUUUGACGAGAACAGUCUGCAGGGCAUCCCCAUACUUUCGCGAGGAUUAGAUGGGUGUGGUUUAAAAGGAAAUAGAACGUACUUGAUAGCAGGAGGGAUGAGAGGAUUUGGAUUCGAAGUAGCUUCUUGGAUGGCAGAGAAUGGAGCGAAAUCAAUAGGACUUAUUGGUCGCUCUAAGCCUUCUAAUGCCAAAUUACUUGAAAUACGACAGCUUGAGAGGAAGACUGGCGCGAAAAUCCACACCUUUCGGGUAAGUUAUCAGCCAAGUUCCUGCAAUAGUCGAAGUUUGUAUGCAAAUGAAUUUGCCCUGAGUUUGAAAUUUCUCAGAUAAAAACUUGUUUCGAUAGUGAGUGAGAGUAUUUUUGAAAGAGGGGGUACGCAAUGAAGGCUACAUUUUAUUUCAAAUCAGUUCUUAUUAAGAAAGAUACCACAAAAGCAAUUGUUCAACGCAAUGGUUGUCUUUAAAAGAAAAACUGACAGAUUGAAUAUUUACUGAUUGUAAGAUGAAAGUUAGUUUCUUUAUUAUUCUUUUGAACAGGAGCGGAGAGUGUAGCACAAUUCUUAAACUCCUUUAUUUCAAUUCACAGGCUGACAUAUCAAACUCUGACCAAAUGACUUCACUACAAGAACAGAUAAACUCUCUUCCAGCUGUGGCCGGAAUCGUUCACACUGCUAUGGUCCUUAGAGACGAAUUCAUCAAAGAUCUGACGUUUGAGAGCUUUCAUGAGGUUAUGGGCCCUAAGAUCAAAGGUAAGCUACGAUUAAAACAUUAUAUUACAAUUAUCAUCAUACCUUUAUUAUCAACAUUAUUAUUCACCUAUCAAUCAAACUAUCGACUCAUAUUUCUUACAUCGAAUUUUAGGUUCGUUUCUGCUUCACCAAAUGAGCUUGUCGAUGGAUCUAGAUUUUUUCGUGAUGUUUUCAUCCAUGGCUUCAAUUGUUGGCAAUAUGGGCCAAUCGUCGUACUCUGCCUGCAAUGCCUUCCAAGAUUCACUGGCUCAGUACCGGAGACAUGUGCUGGGUCUUCCAGGACUGGCUAUUAACUGGGGACCAAUCAGUGGUGCAGGAGUAAUGGAGCGAGAAGCAGGUGUCGCUAAAUUACUGACAAUGGCGGGGUUGGGCUUUAUAAAUGCCAAAGAAGGUAAAUUGAAAUUUCACUUAAGUAUUACAAGAAACUAUAGAAAGAACUCUGAGAAUCAUCAUAUUCUUAAAAAAUAGUCUUCAAAGACCGUUAAGCAACUUCAGUGUAAAUUGUUAACACCAACUGCUGCAUCUUUAAUGUAACGGCAUGUCUAAGUUUAUCCCGAUCAGUUGCCGUAGCUAUAUUUUCCUAAAAUCCUUGUCCGUUUUACAUUUAGUAUGGCCAAUUGUAGGAGUCAAAAAAUCCCACGUACACCUAGAGAGUCACGUACCAAGUAUGACUAGAUGGUAUUGACCAUAAAAUAUUAAUUUCAUGCGGAGGUACUCAAGUACCCUCACAUUUGAGCUUAUUGAGAAUUGUAUUUGCAUUGGCUCGCCCCAAGCCACAAUAUGACAUUAGCUGUAUUGAUCCAUAAGUACAACGGGCCGAGAUCAAUUCUUUGCCAUUUGGCAGGAGUUAAACACAUGGCUAAAGUAUUGAUGGAAGAUCCAGGUCGCUGCCAGAUCUCCCUGUUUGACGCAGACUGGCCUCGAUUCAUAAAAAGUAAUACAGGACUAAGGAAGAGCCGUCGUCUCUUGGAAAUAACUUCUGAAAUCAGUGGCUCUGAAAGCCAGAACGGUUCAACAGAGUCACUAGCACAACGGAUUAUUCUCGAGAAAGAUGGAGAAAAGAGGGCUGAACUUGUGAAUGAGUACGUUGCCACCUUAGUCACAGAAUGGACCGGAAUUUCCUCACCUUCUGAAACCGACUUAAACAAAAGCUUGUACAGCUACGGGGUAGACUCUACUGCCGCCCUGACCUUGAAAAUGCAGCUUGAAUCAAAUCUGCAGGUGUCUUUUGAGGUAGGUCGCCCAUGAAUCUUAAAUAGUAAGAUCGAUAGAUGCAAUUUUUGAUUAUCGUGUAAAGGCUGUAACGGGAAAAAAGGUAGAGAACACUGGUAAGGCUCACCAUAACUAAGAAGCCAUGAAGAGACCCUAAUAACCACUGACGUUAUCUAUUAAAUUCAAAUUUUAUGAUGUUGAUUAUCAGGGCAUGCUUUGAGAACAAUGGAUGCCGCCAUUGUACGGCAAACAAAGACAAGAAAAUAGUUUAUUGACAGAAACUAAUUUAAUUAAAUUAUAACAAUCAUUUUGAUUCAUUUUUAUCAGAAGAAUAACCGACGAAAAUCUAUGCAAUAACGAGAAAGUGGUCUCCCAAAAUAGACCUAAACAAGAAGUACUAGUUGCGAAUUUUCAACAACAACAACAACAGCAAAAAAGCCAGCUUAAUACUGCAAUUUGAAACAGAGAUCAUUUUCUAGUAACUCUUCAUCAUAUUUGACUGAAGGAACAAACAAAAAUUCUAAAAGAGGUUCUUGUUUCAGGUUUUCUACUUUAUGCAGCCCGAUACCACUUCACUUAAGAUGGCCAAAGACAUCAUUGUAAAGCUUGGUGGACAAACAACAAAACAAGAGUCUGCAAGCAAACAACCAGAGCACAGCGAGAGUCGGCAAAGUGAGUCUCCGCAAACAGAUGCAAACUCUUCUAUUUCUGGUGACGUUUCAAGAAAUCAAAUACAAGUUGUACCGCUGUACACUCCCACUGGCGCAGCUGUCAAGUUUUUCUGCGUCCACCCGUCGCAUCGUUAUGCCUUAAGUUUGGUUCCAAUCUCUAACGGGUUUCAAGGACAGGUAAAUACCCAGCAGAAUAUUACUAAUACCACCCACUCACCGUCUGUGGAUAUCAGUAUAACCAUGAAUUGCCACUACGCCUGGCUUAAGUUUUCACCGUUAACUUCAUAAACGCAGUUAAAGGAAUAAGUCCUCGGAGCAUUAAUGGCCAAUUUCUAAUUAGCCAAUUCUACCUUUCUUUUGUUCUUCUUUGUGCCGCAAUUUUGUAUCAAAAAUUGUGUAUCAGCUCAGUGAUGUUUAUUUCUCUUUUCAGGACUUGGUAUCUUUUUAUGCCCUGGGCUUUACUGACCCCACAGUCGUCAGCAAGGACUGGGGUGGAGUGCGUGAGCUUGCCAGACAAUAUGUACAGCUGAUCAUGAGGGAACAGCGACAUGGACCAUACUUUCUCGGUGGAUAUUCCUACGGGGGGCUUCUUGCUUACGAAAUGGCCUCUCUGUUGACAGAACAGAAUCAAAGGGUGGAGUUUGUGGCUAUGAUUGAUACAUUUCCCUGGUCUCCACUAACGCGGGUAGUCAGCCCUAGACUGGCCUCCACGCAAGAUGAAAGAACCUCGCAACAACUUCGGCAUAUUAAGGUGAGUUUAGGAACCCAAAAAACAAUCUAGGAAAAAAGAACAUCAACAAUGAAUACAAUAGGAACAUUUAGGGAAAUCUUUAAUUUCUGUUAAUUUGAUCCAAGCAAAUGGAAAAAGCCACUGUGUCAUUUUAUGAAAUGUUCCGAUAUUUUCAAGUGAGAAGAAAAUGCUUUUUAAGCAGGUAAAUCAUUUAAGAACCUCUUCCUGUCACCCUUGAAAAUGAAUUUCUUUACACUAAAGAUAAAGCAAUUCUUUGAAAUCAGAAGAUAUUGCAUCGCAAACAGUUAACUGAGACGAAGCACUUGAUGUCUAUGUGCAAAUUAAAUUAUCAACAAUCUAACCGAGAGGCACAUCUCGUUGCGGUGAUCCAACAACGUGGCACUCUAUCUUGCAAGAUGCUAUUCAAAGAAAUACAAACCAACUAAAAUGGAGAACCCUUUGGUCUCCGUACAUUACGAUCUCUAAUUGGUUGUUUAUCUAUUUAUCUAUUCAGUUAUAAAAAUUAGUCGAACAGUUCUUUAUAAACUGGGAAACGGGACUUGUGCAGAUGUUCAAAUGAAAACACAAAUAAAUUUUAAACUUGCAGAUUCAGUUUGAAAACUUCCUAAAAAAACUGGCUCUUGAUACUCUAAAGAUGACUUCGGAUGAAUACCAACAGCUGACGAGAGGUCACAAUCAAGACUGGAUUAUAGAUGAACUACAAAAAAGGAGCUUGGAGAGGGGACUAGUUUCUUACAAUCUAAGGACUCUUCUUGAGUCUCUUCAAAAGGACCAAAUUUUUGCUAGUAAAACACACAAUGAAUGGGGACCUCCUGAGGUAAGGACCAUUUUAAUGACACCUUAUAGUGACACGAGCCGAGGUAAAUCAACUGAGCUUAAAGCCUUUCAUUCCAAAGGAGAUGCAUUGUUCUCAUUUACCUUCAACCCAAUAGUAUUUUAUGUGCUGGCAAACUGCUCACCGAUCAAACCUAAAGAAAUGUACGCAGCAAGCAUCUUAUCCAGGCCUGGGUUCUUCACAGAUGAGUUUAAAUAACCCAGGAUUAGUCUAAAAUUUGGUUUUAGGUCUGAAAGCUUUAAAAGAAAUGCAGUUCAAAUCUUUUUGCUUGCAAUUUGAUCACUGGAUGUUCUAACGAGAAAAGGGAAAAUUGCCUCUAGAAGGGCUUUUGAACAAAGGAAUAAGGAAACCCGGAUUAAAAUUUACGCCUGGGUUAGCGCUAAUCGGCCUUCGUACAACUGGGCCCGGGAAUGGAACGCUUUACACCACUGAAACCUGAAUUAGCACUUGCAGUGUAUCCCUGAGGGCGGUGGGUUUACUCAAAGAGUAAGCCAGAGUGAGUGUGCAAUAUGUGAGUGUUAUUCUGGAUUAUUUGUGGUAAGUUACACCAGCCCCCUUAGACCGCUUGGUGCACUUGGAAUCAGCUAUGCCCUGGCCUCAAAGACAAUCGACCUAUAGAAUAUCACGUAACGUAGGAGAUAAACAGCGCUCUCCUAAGUGUGGGAGAUGACAGUCAAAGAAGGGAAAUCCUACUUACUCCCUUUUUUUCUUCAUUCUUAGAUUCGUUACAGAGGUCCUCUCACUUUCCUUGAGAGCCUAGACACCCGCCUCUCUCCCAGGCUUCGCUCAAACGAGGGCGCUGAAGAAGUGUGGGGCCAAUUGGUGGACGGAGGUACCACAGUGCUAACUUGUCCUGGUGAUCACUAUUCCUUAAGCGAGUUACCUCAUGCCCAUGUGACAGGACGUAUCCUAGCGACAGCCCUCGCUCUCAAUUACCGCAUGUUGUUUCCAGAAUUUCCCAGACCUGCGAGAACGUUUAGCCAGAGACGUGCUGUGGAGAAACUUUGCAAUGGAGUUAAUGUGUUCCUUCAUUCAAAACGAGGUACAGUUUCCAAAACUUUUGUUAUGUAGUCUCUUUGCAUAGCUAAGUUUAUAGACGCGAUUCAUGAAUACAGUAGCCUAAACCAUUUUGUGUCCGAAAAGAUUGAGAGGAAUUUGUGUUUAACGAUUAUGUGAAACACAAGUCUCUAGAGAGGUAAAACAGACAAAGAGCCAGUGAAUUUUUUAUGCUCUUAUUAUCUGGUGAUUUAUGCUAUCAAGUCUAGGCGGUUUUUCUUUUUUUUAUUUUGCUUGUGAUUUUGAAUUUUUCUCUCCAUUUAAGGUAACAAAAAGCCUCAUUUUGGUGAGUUACUCUUCCAUGAAGAUGCCAAUAAACUCGGGUUGAGAUCAACCGCAGAUGAAGGAGAAGCAAACGAGAAGGAGAAAAUAAAAAAAGUUAUCGACCUCAAAGGUGACUAUGAUAAUAGGCUGCAGUUACAAGUCGAAUACAGCUUGAGGGGUUACUCAGGCCCUUUCAGAGCCUAUUGAUUAUAAUGGUAAUUAAACUAGUAAUAUUUUGUAAGCUAAGACACAAAGGUAUCAAAUUUUCAAUGCAGAUACAUGGAUUCUUCAUGGGAACUGGGGACUCAUAAUUUUUUCUUUGUCCCACGCUCAUUACAAGACGGAAAAAAACAUCUUUCUUAAUCGAUUAUUUAUUUGACGAGAUUGGUAGAAAUAUCACACAGCAAAGAUGUGCAAUCUCCUUCAUUGAUUAAAUCUAUCAGCAUAAGUUGAUCACGUGGUAAUUUCUGUCAUGGCAGAUCUUCGCAUGGUACAGCCGGGAAGACUCGUGUCCAAUGCUCUUAAGUACUCCGGCCGCAGACGUAAAGUUGGAAUCCAUCAGAGUGGUAACCUGGAACGAGUUGCCUCCGUCAUAACUGCUAAACGAGUCUACAACUUGGAAUUCAUCGACUACUGCGAUUUAAAAGCGUUCUACAACACGAUAGAGACUGUAUUUGCCGUUAAAUUAUUAACCACUUGAAUUUUUCCUUUAUUAGAGAGAAACCCAGCCCUUAUGUUGAAGAGGCUUAUUUAUAAUUUAUUAACUAGGCUAUUGUUAGAAGGAUUUAAGCAUCUUACAAAUUCAUACAGAUAUCAAGUUAUGUUAGAGGUAACCUAGAAAACGUGAAAGGAAUUCAAAAUUUGAAAUAUGAAAUUAAUCGCAAGACAUUCACUCAAAGUGAUUGAAAGUCCUUAAACAUAAAGCUCUGGAACAAUCCAAUAUCAGACUGGGACGUAGCAUCAUAGUUUCUAAAGAAUCUGUGGUGCUGCGUCGGUGGGAUAGUAUUAAAGGGUAAU